AUGGCCAAGAACGACAGCGACGAUGCGGCCCGAUUGACUUCAUCGCCUGCGCCCGUCAGGAGUCCCGACUCAGACGUGUCGCCGGGCACCAUCGUGCCGCCGCAGUCUGCCGACUACUUCUCGGCCGAGCCUGACGUCAAUGGGGAUCGGAGACUCGAUGGAGCGUCCCCGCCGUUUGCGACAGCGUCGAGCACGACCACCCUGACGUCCAUCUCGGAGGAGUGCCAGGCCGACAUCUCGCGGCAGUCCUCUGCUGACAGCGGUCCUCGCCCUUCUCCCGGACCUAGGAACUCCGGCGCGUCCGUCACCUUCCGACCGCCACGCGACCCGUCGCUGCCGCAGGGCCACCCUCGAAAGACAGACAACCGGCGAUUGCGGGCAUCGUCGCCGUCGCCAGUGAGGUUUCGGCAACACGUUGGGUUCGACAACCUCCCCGUCGGGGAGGCAACCAAGAACAACCCUUCCUCGUUUACCCUACAAGCCAGACACCAAGGUUACCACCCGUCACGAAGGUCGCGCACUUUUAUGAUUGGCGUGGAUGAACACACCUAUUCCGAUUAUGCGUUGGUUUGGCUGCUGAACAACAUGGUGGACGAUGGCGACGAGGUGGUCUGCGUAAGAGUGCUGGAGAGCCCGCUGCGGCCGGACAAGAAUUACCAGGAGGAGGCGAAGAAGCUCCUGGUGGCGAUACAGGCGAAAAACGAGCUGAACAAGGCCAUCAGCAUCGUCCUGGAGUACUCGGUUGGGAAGCUGCACGACACCUUUCAGCAGCUGCUCGGUAUCUACAACCCUUCGAUGCUUGUUGUCGGCACCAAAGGACGGUCAUUGGGUGGGAUCCAGGGUCUGGUGAACACGCGAAACUCAUUUUCGAAAUACUGCCUUCAGUACAGCCCAAUUCCGGUCGUGGUAGUUCGGCCGGACGACAAGCGUCUCAAGAAGAAAGAAAAGCGCUCGCAGGAUCCGUCGCGGCAAUGCUACGCCGCCAUGCUUGCGUAUAACUCGGGGAAACACGAGGCCGACAGCGAAACCAGCAGCGUGUACGAGUUUGAGAAGUCGAUAUCCGCGGACGAAGAAGCGCACCGGGUUGCCGCAGCCAUCGGGCUGCCAGCUCGAUUCGACCCCACCAUCAAGCCCUAUAAUCCCUCCGACUCGAGGCGCCGCCGACCCUCGCCGUCGCCGGUUGCGUCGGCUGCUCCGGACAGGGCCGCCUCCCUGUCUCCGCCGCCGAUGCCGCUUCCUGCCGAGAGCGGAGACGAGGAAAGCGGCGACGAGGAAGACGAAUUCGAGGUCGAGGUUGUCUCAGGACAAGAGGUUGCAGCGGGAGCGCGGCAAGAGACCGGGCUUGAGAGAGAGCGGAAAGAGCGCCUCCAUGCUAUGGAAGUGGGUGAAGCUGCUGCCCUGCUUAAGUCAGGCCAGGCGAAAGUGCUUGGCGAGGACGAAGAUGACGAUGAUGAGUCUCCAGAGAAGGCGGUGGAGAACGCGUCCCGAUCAUAGGCCGAUCUUGAUGAAUGCUGUCUAGGUGCGGUAUCGUGUGGUCUGUUUCUUUCCCGGAAGGGAGGGUCCCAUGGCGUUAGGGGCGCAUGACGGGGCUCGGAGUUGCAUUGGUGGUGCCCACACCAUGUCCCAUUCCACCUCCUCCAACACGGUUAUGACGUGGUCGUCCGGGGAAGGCCCUAUUCCGGUUCUCGGUCAUAGAGGGAUAUUCAUGCGGUUGCUGGGACAGGUUCGGACGGGAGUCAAGGUUAGUUGUCUUUUGUGUAUUUGCACAACGGAGGGUCGGUGAUAGUUUUUCAGCGAUGUGCUUAG